UAAAUGACGUCACAUCCGCAAUAAUAUAUAAGCCGCACCACGCCAAAAGCCGGUAGUAACGCAGGGUCAUCGAGUUGGAAGCGGUGGACGGAGAAGACAUUCGUGCUUCCUUUAAACACUCUCACAGACAAACUUACUCAAGGACCAUGGCAAAGGCACCAGCUAUUGGUAUAGAUCUGGGGACCACCUACUCAUGUGUAGGCGUGUUUCAACACGGAAAGGUAGAAAUCAUAGCCAAUGACCAAGGUAACAGAACAACACCCAGCUAUGUUGCCUUCACCGACACAGAACGUCUCAUUGGUGAUGCUGCAAAGAACCAGGUUGCCAUGAACCCAGAGAACACUAUCUUCGAUGCCAAACGUUUAAUUGGUAGAAGAUUUGAUGAGGCAAAUGUUCAAUCGGACAUGAAGCACUGGCCAUUUAAUGUGUUGAGUGAUGGAGGCAAACCCAAGAUCCAAGUAAAUUACAAAGAUGAACCCAAAACUUUCUACCCUGAAGAGAUUUCCUCCAUGGUGUUAACAAAGAUGAAGGAAACCGCAGAACAGUAUCUGGGAAAGACUAUAACAGAUGCUGUUGUAACAGUCCCAGCUUACUUCAACGACUCUCAACGACAGGCCACUAAAGAUGCAGGGACAAUCUCUGGUCUCAACGUUUUACGUAUCAUCAAUGAACCAACUGCCGCAGCUAUUGCAUAUGGUCUUGACAAGAAGGUUGGUGGUGAGCGCAACGUUCUCAUCUUUGAUCUUGGCGGUGGUACAUUUGAUGUGUCUAUCCUGACAAUCGAAGAUGGUAUUUUUGAGGUGAAAUCUACAGCUGGAGACACCCACUUGGGUGGUGAGGACUUCGACAAUCGUAUGGUGAACCACUUUAUCCAGGAGUUCAAAAGGAAACACAAGAAGGAUAUCUCUGAUAACAAGAGGGCUGUGAGACGUCUGAGAACUGCCUGCGAGAGAGCAAAGAGGACACUUUCCUCCAGCACCCAGGCUAGCAUCGAGAUCGACUCCCUGUUCGAGGGAGUAGAUUACUACACCAGCAUCACCAGAGCCAGGUUUGAGGAGCUCAAUGCAGAUCUUUUCCGUGGCACACUGGAGCCAGUGGAGAAAGCUUUACGUGAUGCCAAAGCCGACAAGGUCUCCAUCCAUGACAUAGUGCUGGUUGGAGGAUCUACACGUAUCCCCAAGAUCCAGAAACUCCUCCAGGACUUCUUCAACGGCAAGGAGCUAUGCAAGAGCAUCAACCCUGAUGAGGCUGUUGCUUAUGGUGCUGCCGUCCAGGCAGCUAUCCUCCAUGGUGACAAGUCCGAGGAAGUCCAGGACCUGCUACUGCUGGAUGUCACUCCACUAUCACUUGGUAUCGAGACUGCUGGUGGUGUGAUGACUGUCCUCAUCAAGAGGAACACAACCAUCCCCACCAAACAGACCCAGACCUUCACAACAUACUCGGACAAUCAACCUGGUGUACUGAUUCAGGUAUUUGAGGGUGAGAGAGCCAUGACUAAGGACAACAACAUCUUGGGCAAGUUCGAGCUGACAGGAAUUCCACCAGCACCUAGAGGUGUUCCACAGAUUGAAGUAACCUUUGACAUUGAUGCAAACGGUAUCCUCAAUGUGUCUGCUGUGGACAAGAGCACCAUGAAGGAGAACAAGAUCACCAUCACAAACGACAAAGGUCGCUUGUCGAAGGAAGAGAUUGAGCGUAUGGUUAAUGAGGCCGAGAACUACAAGGCUGAGGAUGAGAAGCAGAAAGAUCGUAUCCAGGCCAAGAAUGGUCUGGAAAGCUAUGCUUUCAACAUGAAGUCAACUGUAGAGGAUGAGAAACUGAAGGACAAGAUCAGUGAAGAUGAUAAGAAGACCAUCACUGACAAGUGUAACGAUGUUAUCAGCUGGUUAGACUCUAACCAACUGGCCGAGAAGGAUGAGUUUGAACACAAGCAGAAGGAGUUGGAGGGUGUGUGUAACCCAAUCAUCACCAAGCUGUACCAGGAAGCUGGAGGUGCUGGCGGUAUGCCCAACUUCAACCCAGGUGCUGCUGGCGCUGGCGGAGCAGGAGGAGCUCAGACAGGCGGCAGCUCCGGAGGCCCAACCAUCGAGGAGGUUGAUUAAACACCUCCAACAUCCAUUUAAUGUGCAUGACUAGAGCAACUUACCACCACAUGACCUCAUUCAUCGGACACUGACUAUAGAAGUUGUCUAGUCGCUUCUUCAUGCACAUCUAAUGAGAAGGAAUGAACCUUCCUUUCAGUUAAGAACAAUUUUGGACAUUAGACAUUCUCAGGUUUCAUCAGCAUCAGUGAGAAGUUUCAUUGUCAAUGAUCAAUUCUGUGAAGACUGAACACAUGUAUCUAUCAUCAUCAUUUACAUUUCAUUUUUGUCUGUGAUCUAAAUAAAAGCUAAAUUAAA